GGAGAAACGGAGGGAGAAACGGAGGGAGAAACGGAGGGAUUUGACAAUUGGUCUGUUUUGGAAAUAUAUUAUAUUAUUUCUCUCUUAAGUAGGCCUACAGACUUUUAUGAACUGGAAACGUGCGAACUUGUUCAGAGUCGAUUUGUGAACUCAACUGUUGUUGUGAAUUCGCCUACUCCUGAACUCCGUCUCGAGCGGACACACCCCUUUCACCUCGAGCUGCUUCAGCAUCAAAGGGGCAGUCUGGUUCAGCGCCUCACCGGCGUCGGUUACCGCAGACAGUUCUCUCUUCAUCACACCGCGUUUACAACCUCAAGGUUGUAAAUCAAGUCGGACUGGCCGUUUUACGCCACCGCGUUUCACCGCGACUUUUAAUCAUCUUGUGUUCAUAAGAAGCAGAUAUGGGCAUGUCCGAGGUGGACCUGUGGCCCCAGUGGUUCUGGCUUCCUCCAGGAGUGAGCUGGGAGGACCUGGAGCAGCUGGGGGCAGACCAGCCUCGACCCCGCGACCUGCUGCUGGCCCUGCCCCUGGCCCUGGCCUUCAUCACCCUCCGCUGUGCCUACGAGAGGGUUGUGGCCCCGCCCCUGGCAAGGUACCUUGGGGUGAGGAACAGGCCCCCCCCUCCCCCCUCCCCCACUCUGGAGAUCUUCUACACUCAACACAGUAGUCAGCCCUCCCAGAGUGACAUCAUCACUCUAAUGUCACAAUGUGAUAAGACCCAAAGGCAGGUGGACACCUGGUUCCGUCACCGUAGAAACCAGGACCGACCCAGCCCCGUCAGGAAGUGUGGUGAGGCAUCUUGGAGGUUUUUGUUUUACAUCUCAGCGUUCCUGUCAGGACUGGCUGUUCUGAUCGAUAGGCCCUGGUUCUGGGACCAGAGGGAGUGCUGGAAGGGUUAUCCUCUACAGCAUCUAGAGAGAGCCCACUACUGGUACUACCAGCUGGAGCUGGGCUUCUACCUGUCUCUGCUGCUCCGUGUGUCUGUGGACGUCAAGAGGAAGGACUUCAAGGAGCAGGUGCUGCACCACCUGGCCACCAGCUUCCUGCUGGGCUUCUCCUACGUCUCCAACUACAUCCGGGUGGGAACCCUGGUGCUGCUGCUGCACGACGCCUCCGACGUCGUACUGGAGUUUGCUAAGAUGCUGCACUAUGGGACGGGCUGGAGGAGGGUGUGUGAUGGCCUCUUCAUCAUCUUCGCCGUCACCUUCAUCCUCACACGCCUGCUUGUCUUUCCCCUCUGGAUCAUCCACACCACCCUGGUGGUGUCCAUGCAGCAGUUCCAGCCCUUCGCUGGGUACUACUUCUUCAACGCCCUGCUUCUAGUGCUGCUGGGGCUGAACAUGUUCUGGGCCGCACUCAUCCUGCGCAUGGCCCACCGGCUCCUGCUGCAGGGAGAGCUGGACAAGGACGAACGCAGUGACGAGGAAAGUGAGGAGGAGAGAGACGACAACAGGGAUGAAGAUGAGGAGGGCCGCUGGGACAGAAGGACUGGAGCCCUGAACUCUAAACUAGCCCAGCUGACCAAUAGCUGCGUCCUAAACAACAUAGCCAAUCACAGGGCAUCCGCUGCCUGCACGAUGCGCAAGACAAGAUAGAGGGGUAGGUAGAGGAGGGGUGGCAAAGGGGUGGCCAGAGGUAGUUGUAGGGUGGCAACACAAUGCCACCAUAAAUUAUUAAAACACUGUAGUUUAAUUAUUGGCAAAACAAAUAAUAUCAGUAUUAUUGAAAUAAAUAAAAUAAUGUGGAAAAAAAUGACAAACAUGUUGAGAUUGGGGCAAGUCUGUUGUACUGGUGUGGAAGCUGUCCCCUGAACCACCAAUGUUCAGUUGUGACAACAAAGAAGAUUAUGUAUUAUUUAUCCUGUGACAGUAGAGUUUAGACCUGAUGACAUAACUUUCUUUGCCAGCUGGAACAAGAACACUGUGAUGUCACUUCCUGCUCUUCUGGACAGUUUAGCGAUGAUGAUGAUGAUGAUGUAUAGUGUUUGUUCAGACCCAACUUUGUUGCUGGUGUUCAGGUGUAACUGUAGCUUCUCUCUGCUGGUGUUCAGGUGUAACUGUAGCUUCUCUCUGCUGGUGUUCAGGUGUAACUGUAGCUUCUCUCUGCUGGUGUUCAGGUGUAACUGUAGCUUUUCUCUGCUGGUGUUCAGGUGUAACUGUAGCUUCUCUCUGCUGGUGUUCAGGUGUAACUGUAGCUUCUCUCUACUUGUGUUCAGGUGUUCAGGUGUAACUGUAGCUUGUCUCUGCGUCAGAGGAACCAGAAUGAGAGACUCUUGUAUGUUUCUGAAUGGACAUAUAUGGUCACACACUGAAUAAACAAUAGGCUACCUU